AUGGAUAAGAAGCGAGUUGCUAUUGUUGGCAGCGGGAUCUCCGGCCUUGGAGCCCUCUAUGCUCUGCGAAACACCCCCCACGAGGUCCACCUGUAUGAAGCUGCAGAUCGUUUGGGAGGUCACACCAACACCGUCACCUUCAAGCACAAUGGCCGCAAAACGCCCGUCGACACUGGUUUCAUAUUGCUGAACACCGCCACGUACCCUAACUUCAUUGCCCUCCUCAGGGAGCUGAAGGUCGAAACCACCGCUGCCCACUUGUCCUUCGGCAUAACCCGAGACGACGGGGCUUUUGAGUGGGCCGGUACCUCUCUCGACGCCAUCUUCGCACAGCGCACCAACCUCCUGCGACCCUCCUUCUGGCGCAUGAUCUUCGACAUUAUCCGCUUCAACCAGUUUGCACUAGAUCUGCUACGCGACGAGUCGCAGUACGAUCCUGAGCUCAGCAUCGGCGAGUAUCUGGAUCGCGAAGGCUACUCGGCCGCUUUCCGAGAUGACUAUCUCAUACCCAUGACCGCCUGUUUCUGGAGCACCGGGAUCGAUACGUGUGCGCUCGACCUCCCAGCGUUGACCCUGGUUAGAUUUAGAUCCCUCUGGAACCAUCAUUGGCUAAGUACCGUCGAGGAGCGGCCCGCUUGGAUGACGAUCAAGUAUGGAAGCCGGAGCUACAUUAACGCCUUGCUGCGGGGCUUUCCCUCUGAAAGGAUACAUCUCUCGACGCCCGUGCGGACGCUUCGGAACGAUGUAAACGGAAAGGUUCUUUUGCUGCUCAGCCACGGCCGGGAGGAAGUCUUCGACGACGUCGUCCUAGCCUGCCACGGCGACCAAGCCAUGAAAAUCAUCUCGAACACUGCUAGCCCCACGGAGCGGGAAAUCAUGAGCGCUUUCCAAACAACACCCAGUACCGCCUACCUGCACUCCGACCUCAACUUCAUGCCGCGCCGGCCAAACGCCCAGGCCGCAUGCAACUACCUCAUAAAAUCGUCUCCCAACUCUUCUGACUCUGACUCCGUCUCCCUCACCUACAACCUCAGCACCCUGCAUCAUAUUCCUGCUUCCUUUGGACCCGUACUCUUGACCGUCAACCCACCACGCCCUCCCGCACCCUCCCUCACCCAGCGCGUCACGCAAUACGCCCGCCCGGUCCACAGCGCCGCGGCAGCCCGCGCACAGCAACGCCUCCCAAUCAUUCAAGGCACGCGCGGCAUCUGGUACGCUGGCGCCUGGGCCGGGCAUGGGUCGCAUGAGGACGGACUUGCAGCGGGCGUGAGAGUAGCGGUUGAGGGUCUAGGAGGGAGAGUGCUAUGGGAGUGGAAGAAUAUCGAUGCGGGGGUUGAUCGUACGCGGGUGCCGAUGUUGGGAAUGGCGGAUUAUGCGGUUAGGGUUGGGGUGCUUGUGGUCGUGGUGUGGUUGUGGGCAAUGGAGGCGUGCACCGUCUAA